CAUCCUAUGCUCUUCGUAAUCUGUGUCUACUUUUCUUGCUGUGAAUCACCAUGCCUCCAAAGAAGGACCUGCCUGUAAGAAAGCCACUAGCCAAACCCGUAGUCAAGUCCAAGGCACCUGAGGCAUCUCCUGCACCAGCUCCUGCUCCCAAAUCCAAGGAACCAGAACCAAAACCAGUGCCAGUACCAGAGAAGCCCAAAGAGGCUCCCAUUGACCUUUCCAAAGUGAAGAUUGAAUUUAGCCCAGACCAGGUGGACGAUUUCAAGGAGGCUUUCUUGCUCUUUGAUAAAACUGGAGAUUCCAAAAUCCAGCUCGGCCAAUGUGGGGAUGUCAUGCGGGCCCUGGGGCAGAACCCCACAAAUGCAGAGGUUCUUAAAGUGUUGGGAAACCCAAAAGCUGAAGACCUGGCCACUAAACAUAUCAGCUUUGACCAGUUCCUCCCCAUGUUUCAGACCAUUGCCAAGAACAAGGACCCAGGCACACACGAAGAUUUUGUGGAAGGUUUGAGAGUCUUUGACAAGGAAGCCAAUGGCACUGUAAUGGCAGCAGAGCUUCGUCAUGUUCUUGUUACACUCGGGGAAAAGCUGGGAGAAGAUGAAGUGGAUGCACUUUUGUUUGGUCAUGAAGAUGCUAACGGUUGCAUUAAUUACGAAGACUUUGUCAGGCACAUCAUGUCUGCGUGACCGCAGCCCCUGGAACUUGUCCGGAUGGUAAUGAGCGGCUGAAUAGUCAUUACGCUGUACCUGCUGGAGGAGAGCAGCAAUGUGCAUUCACGUCCUUUUUGUUAUCUAUAAUAUUGUUUCUCAUUGAGGGGCGAGGCUUUCUAGGAAGCGCCCUCUCUACUGCUGUCGUCCAUCAGUUUACUGUGUUUCAGAACCAUUGAGCCUGCUAGAACCUGGCAUAUGAAGGAAGUGAAGAUCGAAGCCUCAUAGACCCUCAGAAUUAAGUGAAACUGAAGAAAUAUAUAGUCUCCAUCCUUCUCCUCCUGUAAUGCUUCAGUGCGCUGGUUAAAUUAUUCUAUUUCUUUUCUCUCCAACACCAAAUAAAGUAAACUACCUUUUUUUCAAAA